AUGAAGGAAGUCUUGGGAGACAAGGUGGAGAAGGUCAUCGUUUCUUCCCGCAUGGCCGACUCCCCUUGCGUUUUGACAACCUCUGAGUAUGGCUGGUCAGCCAACAUGGAGCGUAUCAUGAAGGCACAGGCUCUUCGUGACAACUCCAUGACUUCAUACAUGGUCUCUAAGAAGACCAUGGAAGUGAACCCCAAGCACUCCAUCAUGGCGGAGUUGAAGAAGAAGGCGGCCGCCGACAAGUCCGACAAGACUGUGAAGGACUUGAUUUGGUUGCUCUUCGAUACUUCUCUCCUCACCUCUGGUUUUAACCUGGAUGAGCCCACCCAGUUCGCUGGCCGCAUUCACCGCAUGAUCAAGCUUGGCCUGAGCAUCGACGACGAUGAUGAGGGCUUUGCAGACUGUACCCAGCCCUUCCAAAAGCACGCCUUGGACCUGCGCUUGUACCAAGCACUGCAAGGCCUUUGUGCCUGGAUCUUGGCCUUGCUCUUCGGCGCGGACCGCACGGACCGCGCGGACGACCUGGCCGACCACCUCUGGGAGUUCUGCAACUGGGACGCCUUGUCGGCCUUGGUCUUCUGCAAAGGCGCCUUAGGCUUCCAACGUGGUGCCCGCGAGACGGCCUGCGUGCGUGUGCCCGGCGACCUGCCGCAGCUGCAACGCUCGGUGCUGUUGGCCCUGCUGGGCCUCGCUGCGCCACGCAUCGCCUUCUCUGUUGGAGCCACUGGUGAGGUCAGCAUCGAGGAGCGUCAGCAACAGCUGGAGGCGCAUCGCGCGCUGCUGAUGGCAGUGGAACAGGAGAAUGGCCUAUUGGAUUGCUUACUGUCCUACGACUGGUGUUCAGCAGUCACCCUGGUGCCCCACUUGGCUCAGCACUUGGCGGACCUCGUGAGCUCAGUGGACUCCGUGGACGUCCCAGCCUUUCAAGACGCACAGCAGGACUACCUGCGGCACUUGCGGCUGAGGUCCUCCAUCCUCUGGGACAUCUUGGCGCUGUCCCUGUCGGUGCACCCGACGCGGAGCCUCCUCCAGAACUGCGCGCGCGUGGCCUUCCACGUGCCGCCGCCGCUGCCGCUCCCCCGGAAGCUGCAGGAGCUGCUGAACGGCGACCUGAGCGCGGCGGACCGGACGGCGCUGGCGUGGAGCUGCGUGCUGCGGGCCAAUGCAGGCCUCGCGCUCUCCGAACAUUUGCAGAACCUCGCUGCGGAGUUGCGUGAGCAGGUGGAGGCCCAGCUCUGCCGCGCCGAGCUGAUGCAGUGGAUGCGCCCGGAGGCGAAACGCCUUCUGUGGAGCGCCGGGUGGAGCGCCUGCGGAGCGACGGUGCCACCAGUGAGUUCUUUGCCUCGCCGAGCCGGCGCCGUCGGCGCCUCUUCCGCGCUGCGGGCGAAGCUGGUGGACGGGGUGCCCGAGGAGUUCCGCUGUGCGUUGGAUGGGAGGCUCAUGGUGGAUCCGGUGAGAGCUCCGGAUGGCCGGCACUACGAGCGGUCGACGUUGCGCUUGGCGCUACAGCAAGGAGAUCCGCGGGUCGAAGGAGUUUCCUUGGAGGACUGCCAAAGGGAUGCAGGCCUCCGUGCCCGGCAGCUGGACUGGGUCCGCAGCCGACCGAAGGGCGAGUCGAAAAGUCGAGGGCGCUGCCAACCCAGCGCUUCAAGGCCCACCACUGCCGGAGUCAAAAACUAG